CUUGCAGUAGUGUGCCUGGGGGAUCAGCGUCGUAGGCUAGCGGGACCUGGUGGAGGAGCUGAAACACGGCUAGCAGGGAUUUGCUGGUUUGGAUCGUUGGUUUCUGGGCAGAGCUGAAAGUAAGCACUGGGGUAGUGUGGGCAUUGCCUACGUCAAGAGAUCAAGAAUGAGCCAUGUGCCGUGCUGGAUGAUGCUAAGUGGUUGAAGCUAACAGACCGUCUAUAUAAGACGAAGAGGUUCGCCGCUACUUUUUCGUCUAACUCUUUCUCAGUAUCAUCUUCAUCCCAUCACCACUUACAACACUACAAACUUCUAUCAUCACAAUGCACUCUUCUGCUGUCCUCACUGCUCUUGUCGGCGCCGCCGCCGUCCAGGCCUGCGUCGGCCCUGCUGUCAACCAGGCUACUGUCAACCUUGUUGCCGAGUUUGAGGGCUUCCGUGCCAGCGAGUACACCGAUGCCACUGGCCACCCUACCAUUGGCUACGGCCACCUUUGCACCGCCAAGGGCUGCGCUGAUGUUGCUUACCCCAAGCCUCUGUCCGAGGCUGAUGGCAAGAAGCAGCUCGCCAAGGACCUUGCCGUUGCACAGAACUGCAUCACCACCAUGACUGCCAACCCCGUCACUCUCAACGCCAACCAGUACGGCGCUCUUGUCUCGUGGGCCUUCAACGUCGGCUGCGGCGCCGCCAAGUCGUCUACUCUUAUCAAGGAGCUCAAUGCUGGCAAAGACGCCCGCACUGUCAUUGACACUGAGCUUCCCAAGUGGAACAAGGGCAACGGCAAGCCUAUUGCUGGUCUUACUCGUCGCAGAAAGGCCGAGGUUGACCUUUCUCAUGUUGCUACUAGCCAGGGUGCUCUUCCUGCCAAGUGCUAAACGAGAAAGCUUUUAUGACGAA